AUGGGGCUCCAGGCUGGGACACCCUGGCUGCACCGGGACCUUGUCCUGCUGCCCACCCUGGUGGUGGCAAUGCUGCUGCUCUGCGCCAGCGCCGGCCCCGCCGUGCCCACGGCCAGCCCCCGGAGCGCCUCAGGGUUCCCCCCGGACUGCAGCCGCCUGCGCAAGGGCAGCCCCAGCGGGGUGUACGUGAUCCAGCCCGCCCGGUCCCCCCCGCGCGUGGUCUGGUGCGACAUGGACACCGAGGGCAAGGGCUGGACCGUGGUGCAGAGAAACUCCCACGACACCGAGCUCACGUGGAAGCAAUCCUGGACCACCUACAAGUACGGCUUUGGCAAUGUGCACAGCGAUUACUGGCUGGGCACCGAGUACCUGCACCUGCUGACGCAGCAGGGCACCUACAAGGUGCGCUUCGUGGUGCGCGACAAAGCCAACGUCACCCACUACGCCGAGUACGACAUCUUCAGAGUGGAGAGCGAGGCCAGCGGGUACCCCCUGAGGCUGGGCAGGCACUCUGGAGAUGGGGAUGACUACCUGACCCUCUACCACCCCAAGAAGGGGGGCAUUCAUGACAACAUGAAGUUCAGCACAGUCGACAAGGACCAGGACCAGUACAGCGGGAACUGCGCCAAGAGCUACGGGGGGUGGUGGUACAACAGGUGCCAGAACGUCCUGCUCAAUGCCAAAAACUACAUUGUUUGGCCAGGAUUCUGUGAUAAAGGUGACUGUGCAUCCUCCCUCAUCCUGGUCAAACCCACAGAUGUGUGUUGA